GCGGCGCAGGCGGUGCCCGGAUCUCUUCCGCCGCCAUUUUCUCCCCGGUGCGGGUCUCCUCUGCCGCUCGCCUGAGACGCUCCUGCUGCCCUCGCCUCGCCAUGGAGGAUUCAACCGAGAUGAGCGGCAACCAGGAGGAGUUCGCCGAGGGCUCUAAGAUCAACGCGAGCAAGAACCAGCAGGACGACGGGAAAAUGUUUAUUGGAGGCCUCAGCUGGGACACCAGCAAGAAGGACUUGACAGAGUAUCUCUCUCGGUUUGGCGAAGUUGUGGAUUGUACAAUUAAAACAGACCCCGUCACCGGGAGGUCGAGAGGGUUUGGGUUUGUGCUCUUCAAGGAUGCUGCCAGCGUGGAGAAGGUGUUGGAACUGAAGGAACACAAAUUGGAUGGGAAGUUAAUAGAUCCUAAAAGGGCAAAAGCCCUUAAAGGGAAGGAGCCACCAAAAAAAGUGUUUGUUGGUGGGCUGAGUCCAGAUACAUCUGAGGAACAGAUUAAGGAGUACUUUGGAGCUUUUGGAGAGAUUGAAAACAUUGAACUUCCCAUGGACACAAAGACAAAUGAAAGGAGAGGCUUCUGUUUUAUCACGUACACAGAUGAAGAGCCAGUAAAGAAGUUACUAGAAAGCAGAUACCAUCAAAUUGGUUCAGGCAAAUGUGAGAUCAAAGUAGCACAGCCCAAAGAGGUUUACCGGCAGCAGCAGCAGCAGCAGAAAGGAGGGAAGAGCAAUGCGGCUGGUGGACGAGGAGGUGGAAGGGGGCGUGGACGGGGUCAGGGACAAAACUGGAAUCAAGGAUUUAACAACUACUACGAUCAAGGAUAUGGGAACUACAAUAGUGCUUACAGUGAUCAAAGCUACAGUGGCUAUGGAGGUUAUGACUACUCUGGGUACAACUACCCCAAUUAUGGAUAUGGGCCAGGAUACACAGACUACAGUGGUCAACAAAGCACAUAUGGAAAGGCAUCCCGUGGUGGAGGCAAUCACCAAAAUAACUACCAGCCAUACUAAGGCAGUCCCUAGUACUUGAGGAAACAGCGGGAACUUCAUUGCAGGCCGUGUGUCACCCUGACCACGUCUAUCUCUGGGGUCGCACGUUGCAGGCAGAGCGCAAGGCAUACACCAGAAAACGCUGUCCUGUGGUAUGGUCUCUUCCAACUUCAUGUACCAGCGUAAAGAUUAAAGUGGAAAACUUCAGACUUUGGCUUCUUUUUUUUAAUUUUUUUAUUUUUUUAUUUUUUUUAAAAAAAAACCUUUUUGGAGAUUUUAAGUGUCUUUAACUUAAAACGGUUUUUUACAGGAGUUAAAAGUACAUAAAUGCCUUUACAGCUUAAUCAUUUGGUCUUCUGUUUAGUGUUGUAUUUCAAUUGUGGAACGUCAUUUUAAGUGUGCAUUCUUUAAGAUUUAAUGCUUGCUUUUUUUCUUUUUAUAGCUAAUAGUGAAAUCUGCAAACCAAAACGAACUUAAAAAUCUGGAAAAACAUUAAAGAUCAUAUGCACCUGGGCUGUUCAAACCUGACUUGUGUUUGCACAGCAGUCGUGGAUAUGGAUAAACAAAUAAAUCAAAAAGCCUUUCUGGCAGUGUUUCCAGUGGGGGAGGAAAAAAAAAAUCCAACAACAACAAAAAAACCAACAAAAAAAUCCAACAAAACAUUCCAGCUUCUUAAAUGGGCUGGAGUGGCUGCAUUUGGGAGGAUAAAAUUACUGCUGGGUAACGAAACCUCUUGUUACCUUAAUAAAAAAAAAAUGCAUAUGAUCUUUAACGAUGAAGAAAGGAAUAUAUAGAAGACUUAAAGCAGUUCAUGAAAAUGGACCUUUUAACGAUUCCUUGUAGUAGCUUGCACAGGUCUGACAUGCAUUUUGUCUUGAUUUUUAGGUAGAGAUACUGCAACAAAGCCAUCUUGCAGCACAUCGUGAGUGAGUGGAGAGUGGUCUUCAUGAGAGGAAAUGACUGUUUUGUAAAAGACUUUUCAGUGUAUGACACAGCUGUGUCCAACUGUAUAUAGCGGCCAACUAGUUUUCUUUUAUGGUUUUUACUUUCUGGUUUGUUUGUUUUUUUUUUGCCAUUCAUGUUAUGACACAAUGUGGACUUGUGUUUAUACAAACUUUUAUUUGUAUAAUUUCAUGUUAAAGGAUUCUCUAAUAAAUGCUUACUUAAGUGAA